AUGCAAACUAAUAAAUUGUUUAUGGGAUGUUCAUUCCUAUUCACAUUCGCUUGUUUCUUAUUGAUUAUCAUAUCAAUGGCAGGUUCUUCAUCAAAUUAUAAACCAUUAACUAAUAUAUAUAUCGGUGAAGCUGAUAUAUCACAUAUUAAUGUAACUAAAGUUAUUCCACAAGUUGGAUCUUUAGCAUCUUUGCUUGGUGGUAUUUUACUUACUUAUCCAAAUCAAACAGAUACCAUAUUUUCAACAAUGAAAAAUAUUUCACAUUCUGAAGCUUUAAUGCCAUUUUUAACAAUGAUUGGGAAAUCAACUAAUACUACUGUAACUUUACAAGCAGUUGAAAAAUUAUCACCUUUAGCUUUAAUGGCUGGUAGUGGAUCUGCUGCUUCUGAUGCAUUGAAUAGUAUUAAUGAAUUAUUAGAGGAAUCAACUAAUACUAAUCAAACUGUUACAGGUUUAUCUGCUUUGGUCUCUACUCAAUCUUCUUCAAAUUCAAGUACCACUGAAGCUCUUUUACAAUCAAUGGUCUUUGAAAUUUUAGAAACUUCAAAGAAUGCUUCGGCUACUACUGAAGCAUUACUAGAUUUAACUAGUAUUAAUAUCUCAGAUUUAGUAACCCUAUCUCCUGCUCUAGAGUUAGUUCAAUAUUCAAAUAAUUUAACAGCAACUUUUGAUGCUGUUGCAUCUUUAAUGAAUUUGACUAUUCCAACAUCAAUGACCACUGAAUUAUUCUCCGUGUUGAACUCCACUUUAUCUAGCGCAACAAACGUCACUGCAGCUCUAGGAUCUUUGUCAGCUUUAGUUCCUUCAAGUAUGUCUUCAUCAUUGACUGCUUUGGAUUCUUUAUUCACUAGUUCUUCUAAUGUCACUAAGACUUUAAGUCUAUUAGAGACCAUUGUUGCUAAGAAUUUGACCUCAUCUGCUGUUGCUAAACAAGUUAUUAAUGAUAUCGAGGUAAUUCUUGAAGAAUCUACUAAUACCACUUUAUUAACUUCUAUUAUCCAGACUUUAAUGUCAUCAAUUUCUUCAACUUCUUUAAAUGCUUCCUCUUUAACUUUAUUAACUUCAGCUACUGAGGAAUUAGAACAAUUAGAAACCGUAUUAUCUGCCUCAAGUAACUCCACCGAUUCCAUUACUAUCAUCGACGCCAUGGAAAAAACUUUAAGUAAUAAUACCGAUAUGAAUCAAUAUGUUCCUUAUCUUUUCGAAUAUUUAGAAGCCUCUUCUGAUCCAGCCGCCUCAUUCCAAGCUUUAAUCAACAUUACUUCACUUGGUACUACCAACACAACUUUAUUGUCCUCUCUAUUAAGCGUUUUAACCUUGGCUUCUACUUCUUCAUUACCAACCGAUAAAGAAAUGUAUGAUACUUUACCACAAAUUUUAGAGUAUUUGAAUAUUCCAGCAAAAUUAAGAUUAGCCAUUUUCACUCUAUGUAAGGUUAAUUUAGAAGGUAAAGUAUUGUCAUGUUCUAAACCUCAUGCAGUUCAAAACUUCGACUUUAGAGCCAUUAUCUUUGAAGUGUUAAUGGAUUCUGAUUUUGCUCCUUAUUUAGAAGCUUUAAGUAUCGAAGCUGACGAUUUGCAUCUUGAUGGUAAACUAAUGGGUAGACAACAUCAAUAUGUCCCAACUGUUAAAGCUGCUUUAUCCAUGGAUAUCUUAUCAUUCGUUACUGGUUUCUUCCUAAUGAUUGCUAUUGCGUACGUCUUUUUCACACAAUGUCUAACCACUCACUUAAGAUGGUUCAGUUUCACUUUCACUACUAUGGCUUAUUGUGCUUUCACAGGUCUAGGUACCACCGUUGUUACUGCUAUUGUCAAUAUUAUUAAAUCUGGUACAUCUCAAGAUAAAUAUAAUGUUAUUGUUAAGUCAAAUGCUCCAAACAUGGGUAUGACUUGGUGUGCAUUUGCUUUAUCUGUCAUAAUGAUGUUCAUGGAAAUGUAUGGUUGGUACGAUUUCUAUAAGAAAGAUCGUUUAGCUAAGAGCGAUGAAGAGAUGAAUUUAGGUUCUACUAGUAGUAGUGAAAAUGAAUCUCAAAUCAUUAAAGAAAACUUAGUUCAAAGUACAGUUGAAGAAGUUAAGAAAUAA